AGGCUGGCCUAUAAGUAUGGACAGAAGUUAUAGUAGGUAAGGAAAUCUCUAAAAUAGCAUCAAAGGCAAUAUUACAAAGGACUUCAAGACAAGGUAUCAGGGGAAGAAAUUGCAAGAAAUCAUGAACCGUCAUACAGCUGCAGCCAUUUUUAUUGUUCUCAUCACUGCAUCCCUGUCACAAGCCUUGUCCUUGUCAAGAAUGGAGCUGAGGUGCCAGUGUAUAAAUAAAGAGUCACGAUUCAUCCAUCCAAAGAAUAUGAAAAAUGUUGAACUCAUUCCUAGUGGUCCACACUGCAAAGAUGUGGAAGUCAUCAUUACAGUGAAAUCUGGUAUCCAAGUAUGUGUGGACCCUCAGGCACCCUGGGUGAAGAAAAUCAUUAACAGAAUUCUGGAGAGUUCAAAAGCAGACACUGUAGUUUCAAGAAAGAAAUGAAGAAGUCACUCUGCACUGACAAAAAUACAGAGGAAGCUGCUCCAAAUUAUAUUUUUUUGCUGUUGUCACCUUUAACUUCUUGUGUUUUAUAUAACCUAUGUUGUCUACUGUCUGGUAAUAUUCAGAUUUGAAUACAAUACAGUUAGUCACCAAAGCUAAGUAGCUAACCUUUUGCUGGUUUUAUAAAAGUUUUGUAUGAAACGGCUGGAUUUCAUAUCCAGACCUGUAACGGAACACGUCUAUUUACUUUCUUCAGCAUGCUUUGUUUGUAAGUACUGAAGACACAACUUAGACAAAUGACUCAGAGAUGCCAUGUCAGAAUGGUGUCAUUUAACACAUUGGAUGACUCACCCUGUAUCACAACAGAUGGUGAUAAUCAGCUUAGUUUAAGCAGUUUUGCAAUAGAUUGAAAAUAUUUCCCAUGACAGUAGCUGUGCAGAUCAAGGAGUUCUAUGUAUAAAAUUUGACUUUCUGAAAUUUAAUGUAUUUUAAUUAUUUUUAUAAGCAUAUAUAUUUGUAUUUAAUUUAUUUUUUAAAUGCAUUUAUUAACUUAUCUUUCUAAUGUAUUUAUUUGUAUGACUUGCCCUUGCCUGAAAGGACUUCAGUCUUGCUUUAAACAGCAAUCACAUAGUGAAUUGCUGUACAUGUUAAAAUUUUGCACAUACAACCUAGAGUAACGUAAUUUCAUUCAGGUGCACUUGUUGUAAAGUCUGAAUAAAAGUUUACUUUGACUUUGACAGUUUGAUAAGCUGCUUAAAUUGAUAAAGAAAUGUGAAAACUCAGUUCAAAUUUUCAGUAAGGCUUGAUAUAACAUUCAAAUAUGGAUAUAUUAAGUGGUUACUUAAUUAUAAAGACAUAUAGCUGCAUUGCAGUUUGUGAGAAAUACUAAAACAUUUUAUAAGAUAAACUCAGGAAAAUAUUUAUUGUUUCACUUGUACUGCAGAAUGCUGGACACUCAUAAAAGUCAGUCUCUCUGCAUGGUUUUCAAAGAGCAACAAUAGUUUGGUUUUCAUUUAUGUUUAUGUGGAAUUACACAGUUACAGUUUCAUGCAUUAUCAGUCACUCAUUUAAUGGAAUAGAUUAUAGUAUUAGUAUGUCUAA